AUGAGUCAGAACGUUGCAGAAAUUACAGAGAAAACUAGAGAAGCAAUCCAGAAAGUGAUAGAUGCGAAGUUGAAUAGUUCGAAGAGUGUGCAGAAGACUUCGAUCAAAGAUGACGCUUCUUAUAUAAAGUAUACACCGAGUAACGCAAUUAGAAGUGAUCGAACAGGGAAGCAACGUGUUAUAAAAAUAGUGGAUAAGAAGACUGAUCCUAUGUUGAUGCCAAGCUUCAAAAUAAAGAGGGCUCCAGAUGGACCAAGUGACGAAGAACCAGUUCCCGUUCUUCAUAAAGACAAUACACCAAAACUUACAAAGGAAGAGCAAAGAAAGUGGACGAUCCCACCCGCGAUUUCAAACUGGAAGAACAACAAAGGGUUUACGAUAUCUAUUGACAAAAGAUUGGCGUCUUUUGGACAGGAUGAUGAUAGAUUUAAAAUGAGCGAUAAAUUUAGCGUUUUGACUGAUGCACUUACGCAGGCCCAUGACGAGGCAAAAGCAGAACUCAAACGGAAGGCGGAGCUUAAACAUGAAAUAGAAAGGAAGAAACUACUAGAUGACCAACAUAAAUUGAGAAGAAUAGCGAGAGAAGCUCAUAUGAGGAGAGGCAUCGGCAGUAGUGACAGGAAGUACAUUAAUGACAAAGAACCAGCUUCCUCGGGUUUGGCAUCACAAAGAGAGAUAGCAAGAAGGGAGAGACGGAAAAGAGCAGAAAGAGAACUCCGUAUGGGUUCUAUGGGUACAGAAUCUAGGGUGAAGCUUCUUGCAAGAAAAGAUGGAAGAGAAAUAUCUGAUCGUGUGGCGAUCGGAGUGGCUGCAAGUGCUCAUGGGAACAACGAGACUGAUUCAUAUGAUUCAAACUUAUUCAUGCAUGCUGCUGGAAAAUCAACCAGACGUGGAGAGGAACAGGUGUAUGAAGGUUCCCUUUUCGGAGCACAGGAUGCCGUCAACGAUAUCUACAGGGCAAGGGAUUCUGAUAAGUAUAAAGGUCUUGGAAUGGAGACAGCUAACAAGGAAAUGAAUUCGAUAGCGAAAGAGAAGAGAUUCGAUGAUCUUUCAUCAUCAGGACCAGUCUCAUUUGAGAUGGAAAAGUCAGAUUCAAGAGAAGAAGAAAACAGAAACAACUUUGGUCGCGCAGAAAAGGCCAGUGGGCUUCACAUUAAGAAAUAG